UGGAAUGGAGCUCUUCAGAAGACUUCUUUCCUCUGGCUGGUGAAAUAAUUAUGGAUAAUCUGCAGUCUUUGAGGUGCUCCAUCACGGGUCUCCAAACGGGCCAGAGGUAUUAUGUCCAUGUUUCAGCAUACAACAUGAGAGGAUGGGGACCUCCACGCAAAUCCACUCCUGAAUAUGCUUCUCCUUCAAACUGGAAAGACUGCAGUGGGAGAGAGCCUCGGCACCGGGGACACACCGAGGCCCUGGAACGCCUCCUUCAGCAGGUUCGAGCAGCUCUGCAGCUCUGCAGCUGCAGAGAAAGUUCUAAAUUGCAGAAUGCUGGUCGCAAGCAAUCGGUUUCCAGAAGCCUGAAGCACCUUUUCCAUUCAUCAAACAAGUUUGUGAAGACUCUGAAACGGGGACUCUACUUAUCUGUUAUACUUUUUAACAAAGACAAUUUGUUAGUAACCAAUGAAGAUCAAAUCCCAAUUGUGGAAAUCGAUGACUCUCACAGUAGUUCAGUUAUGCAGGAUUUCCUGUGGUUCACAAAGUUGUCUUGCAUGUGGGAUGAUAUCAGGUGGCUGAGGCAGAACACGGCCGUGUCCGUGUCCUCGUCAACGGCACUCCAGGCCAGGCAGAAGAUGCUUUCAGCAGCAGCACAGCUGCAGAAUUUGCUGGGAACUCACAACUUAGGCAGAGUUUUUUAUGAGCCAAUCAAGGAUCGACAUGGCAAUAUGCUGAUAGUUACUGUAAGAGAAGUGGAGAGUCUGUAUUCAUUUUUUAAUGGCAAAUGGUUGCAGGUAUCCAGACUACAAAGCCAGAGGAAAUCCCUUUCAACUCCAGAGGAGCCAACAGCAUUAGACAUCUUGCUUAUAACAAUCCAGGACAUACUUUCCUAUCACAAACGAAGUCAGCAGCGCCUCCCUCCCGGCCUGUAUCUGGGCUACCUUAAACUCUGCAGCUCUGUGGACCAAAUCAAAGUGCUUGUGUUGCAGAAGUUGCCUAAUGUCCUGUGUCAUGUGAAAAUCCGAGACAACAGCAAUGUCUCCAAAGAUGAGUGGGAAUGGAUCCAAACACUUUCUGGCUCAGAAUCUGUGGAAAGUAUGGAUCAUACUUCAGACUGCCCUACUCAAUUGUUCUUGUAUGAGCUCCAGACGGCAGUGAAAGCUCUCCUCAAACUGAUCAAUCUACCUCUGCAUCAGGCUAAGCACUUCCGUCUGUACACACAGGAGGUGUUGGAACUGGGUCACAAUGUCUCCUUUCUUCUCCUGCUCCCUGCCUCAGACGACGUCUGCACUGCCCCAGGACAGAAUAAUCCUUACACCCCACACUCAGGAUUUCUUAACCUCCCUCUUCAGAUGUUUGAACUCGGUAUAGUAGCUUGCUUCACCUAG